UGCAAAGUACCAUCAUUCUCGAAAGUCUAAGCUUUCACUAAUCUCACAAAUAACCAAUCAGGGUACCAAAAGGACUUAGCCAAUGUUUACCAUGUUGAUUGAGUCCGUCUUCGCCAGAUCUCUCAAGCUACUCUUCACGGGUUUGCCUGGAGGCGCUGCAGUGAAUCGAUCACUGUGAGCGCGGUGUUGCGGCAAUCAUUCUCUCAAACAUUACGAAACAAGAUGUGAAGGAGAUGAGACCACGCCGCUGAAGAACACUCAAUCAGGUCAAAUCGAACUGCAAUUAACCUGUGUCAAGAUCGGGAUAAAUAUUAUUUCAAUUCGAUGGAAAGGGAUAUAAAUACGGGUCAACAUGACAUUUGUGGCAUUUAAGCCAAAAUGAUAGUCCCCAAAUCAACGGAGUCCGCUCCUGGUCUGAGGAUAUUCUCUGGAUGUCUUAUUUUGAUUUGUGAGGUAUGUUUCGCGAUGGCUGGGAUACGGAUACCAAAUGUGCGAUCUCUGACGUAUAAGGUGCCGGGUGAUAUCAAUUUAGGCAUCAUUCUUCCCAUUCAUUAUUGCCAAACCUGUGGGGACAUCAACUACAACAUGUUCCAGGCGUCCGAAGCGGUCAUGCAAGCUGUCAGGAAAAUCAACAACAACCCUGAUCUGCUGCCGAACAUCACCCUAGGCGUCAGGUUAUUCGACGACCGCCUCGACAGCACACAUUCGCUGGCGAGGGUCCUUCAACUCCUCCCUGAAAGGUAUACUGGUGAUUUCGAUGGGGAACCUAGUGACAUUGUUGGAAUAUUCGGAGGAAUCACCAGCGAUGGUUGUCUCGUCAUGGUCAUCAUCUCUAUCGUGACUUCCGUCCUCAUGCCGCCAGCCGUCAUACAACAGAUGCACGUGCCCACAGAACGCUACGUGGAGCUACUGUGCCACCUGCCAGUCAAGGCCCUCGUCAUCCCGAUUGGCUACAACCUCAUCCUCGUUCUCAUCUCGGCAUUCUACGGCUUCAAAACGAGGAAACUGCCGAACAACUUCAACGAAUCGCGCUAUAUUUUCUUCUGCGUCUGUUCAACUAUUUUCCUCUGGAUUGCUUUCAUACCGACUUAUUUCGCUGCUUUUCAUGCCACGCACAAGAACAUUCUAUUGGCACUGUCCCUACUGCUGAACUCUACGAUGAUACUCCUAUGCAUUUUCAUCACUCGCAUCUACGCAUUAUUUUACGUCGAAGAAGAGAAGAUGCACUUUUCUAUAAGCUCUACAAAGCAUGACCGCACUGCCUCAGAGAGGGAUACUGUUGCGUUUAGACAAUGCAGUAUCGCGGAGGAGAGGACUCCACUAUAG